CGCUACUCCACCCGCGCGCUUUCUGUCGCCGAAAGACGACGCGCCGCGAACAAAAAAAAAGAACACCAUGAAGCCCCUACUUAGUGCUGCUGGGGUGCAGCUGGACACGGAGAUUCUCCGGCAAGGGCGCCACCACGGUUUUUCGAAGCGCUCUGAACACUCAGUCGGCGGACCGUGGUCAGAGACGCAGGGAGCCCGGGUCGCCGAUGAGCAUCACGCAGGCGUGUACCCGCCCCCCGAGCCGGUAGCACCGCGGGACUGCGGCCGGACCCCUGCGAGAGGUCCCCCGACGAACUGCGAGCGAGGUUCGACGUCCGCUUGGAGCAGCGAGGUGGACGCCGAAGCGAACACUGGUAUGUGUAAAACGAAGAUGUAUUUCUAUUAUAGGAUCAAUCCUCCGCGUUGUGCCGGAGUUCUACUUGUGUCACUAGGGACUCGCUUAAUCUCACUCCCGAUAGUCCUUCUGGUGCAGCAACAUCAAAAUGAAUAGUAAUGAUAAGUAUACUGUUGUGUCGGAGUUAAGUAUGAGUGGGGUGUGAAUAGAAAUAAUAUGUGAUCGAAGACGUCCACGUUGCGUCGCUACGACUAGCACAGCCGUUCAUCGUGCGAAAGAAGUAUGCUUCAUGAUAGUGACGAUCUAGAUCGCAUGUAGCUCCUGCUUGUGCUUGCUCGCCGCAGCUACUAUUUUUGCUUGGAAUAGGACCAAGAAAUCAGAAAAAUGACAUAAACAGAAACUUCCGCAACUGCAAGUGAUGGCAAUUGCGGUGGCACAGGCCCGUUGAGGUCUAUUGAAUUAUCAUCAUCAUCGACAUCGUCGACGGCAGUGCAUGACCACCUCCGUGAAGGAUUGGAGCCCGCCUUGCACCUCCUCAGCGCAAAGCACUGUGAGCCGGCAACCCCUCCUACAGAAGAGUCGUAUGCUUUUUCUGGUGCUGACGCUCCGUCCUCGCUUCCCUCGGUACCGUUUCCCCGUUCGAUCAGUCCGGACAUUGAGCCGGAGGAGCUCAACUCUGGUCCGCAGUCCAGCGCCCAAUCAACAGCGGAGCUCCCCCCGUCGGAUCCAGGACCUGGGUACCGGAAUCGCGCGCACGGAUCCGCUUCUGAUGCCGGCCCCGGGCUACUUGGCUUGAGUUUCGCAAACGCGCCAGAGCAGCACGCACAGAAUGCACGCGUCGACGAGUUGGCGUGCGUAUUGCUGACACAACAACAUGAUCUGCUGCAAAAGCAGGAGGAGUGCCUUCGCAGAGCUUGCGCCUGUAUUUUCCAACAGCAACUCCGACUCUGCUCGCAGCAGUUACGACAGUGUGCAGGUGCACAGCAAGUCGGCGAUCGUCCAAAUAAACCUCCACCACUGGUGGCUCCGGCACACGCACAACCAUCAGCCACGUCGAUGAUACCUUUUGCAGCUUCAUUUGCCACAGGGGUACUACAUGGAAGUAGAGCUGCUGUCUCUCCUACAGAUGGAGGAAUCGGGGGGCGAAUGCACACCAGCGCGACCGAAAGCACGAGCGUACGGAACGGCUUAUCGUCGUUCUCUCCAGAUGAACUAGGGGGCGCCAGAGCAGCUCCAGUUUUUGGAGGGUUUGUACAAGCGGCGCAAACAGCUUUCAUACCCGUCGCGGUGCCGCCCCGUGUUGUGUCGCUGCUUCACGACCACCAAACCGGGGGGCUACAUUCAAACGGAAGUUUCCCUGUUUUCCACGGCCGGGAAAGUGGAGCUGGCUACUUGCAGAAAUCAUCAGGGACGACCUUUGCUCCGGCUCCAGCGCGCCGACCAUCUGUUUCACAAGAACAGCGUGCUGUUCCCCGCUGUCCUGCUCCACCUGAUGGCACAAUCUCCCAACUGACACAGGCCCAUAAAAACCUGGAAGCAACUUCUACAGCUGGCGCACUCUACCACCAGGGGGGCGCUUUCACUUUCGCAGCAACUGCAGCCACGCCGUGGCCGUCCUCUCCGUGCUAUCCGGACAGUGCUGGAAAUGAUCAUGGUGCGAGUGGCAGCUAUGCUUCGUUCGACCAGGGGCAGCAACAGUGGUCUCGCAGAAAUGUCAAACCCUGCCACGACAUCGCCAGUGCAAGCUUUGGAGAAGGAGCCGGCAGCGUCCCAGGCUUUUACGGAGCGCGAAAUGCUCAGCAGUAUCAAAGUCAACAAUCCGCAUCUGGCAACCACCACCAGCACGUGAGUCCGAAUGAUGGUUGGAAUUGCACCAGUUGGAGUUGUCCCACUAUGCAUUGCAAAAGCGUCCCGCACUAGUUCUAGUACAAGUUGCAAUUACAAAUUUUCUCAGAGGAAAAGUUGAAUUCGUCAUGUUGAUUAUACUUGAAACACAAAGCUUGUCAUGCCUAGUUGCCACUACGAAGAGCGUGAUGCUUUUGCACUCGAUACCUACGUUUGGAGCCUGUUCAUUCUCGGCAGCGGAGGCAUGGUCGGCAGCGGAGGCGAGGAGUGCGGCUUGUUUAUUUGCUGGCAGUCCUCUCGCCCACCAACAACACCGACCUGAGGGUACUAAUCCUGUAGUUCCGCAAUGGCACCAGAACCAACUACAACCAGACCACUCAUUUUACUACGCGCGACACCCUUCCUAUCCUUGUCGAAUGCAGAACAACUUUUCCGCAUGUGACUACGGCGCGGCGGGCUUCUUUCCCUUCUCGGCUGCUUCGCCGGCGCAGCAGGUGCAAACUCCGUACACUACGCAUCACCGCCGUGUUGGUAGCACUUGUAACUUCAAUGACCAGCUCCCCAACUUUUUUGGCCACCAGGAGGAGCAUUCGUCGAGUCUGCGUCCGCAGAGCGUCGGUUUGGAAAAGAUGGAAACCACACACCCCGAUUUCUUGGACCAGGAGAUGCAGCAGAAGCGAAAGGAGACAACGUUCCCGCAGCAAGUGAAAUACGGAAUCGCUGGGGCGGCCGCGGCGGUGUGGGGUUUGUCGGAGCAUGACGCAACGGAGGCCCUUGCAGUGCCUUCCCCUGGUUCGCUGUUACACGUCGAAACCGUAGCACAACAUCCAGUCCCUUAUAUUGAUGUUGGCGCAUCUAGAAAUAGUGUUGAAAGUGCACCAGCAGCCGCAGCCCAUGAGAUCGAGCGCGAAGUAUUUGGAGAAAAUGACAAGGCCUCCACACUCGAGCAAUCGCUAGCAGAAAUAGGUCGUCUAGCAGCCCCCCUCUCCAGCCACCGAGCAGAGGCAGCGCUCACGUUUGGAAAUAAUUCAUCUUCCGAGGGCCGCAGUAAUGAACUCGUCUCAGAGGGGAACGAGACGAGGCAACAGCAUUUGCAAAAUGAUGAUGGCAACGACGCCAGCCUUGAUGACAGUGCUUCGGAUGAUAGUAUUUUCGAUUGCGAUUAUUCAGACAAAAAGAAUACGAGAUUUCUUACGUGUUGAGACGUUUUUUUCCACAUAUAAUGAUAGCUAAUACUUCUAGCCUUUGAAGAUGUUGUAGGCACAGGGACGAUCCUCCUGAUACAGCUUUUUCCAGAUUUUAAGAGAAUGAAAAAAUAAGGACAGUCAGUUUGAGUUUUUGCAAGAACUUCUAUAGAGAUUCAAAGUUUUGGAAGUGUUUCGGGGCGAAUUCUGAUGUUGAAUAAGAUUGUCAUUUACAGAAAGGAGCUUUCAACUAGAGUUUAGUUAUAAGUUUUUCUAUUUCAUUACCCAUGCCCAAAGUCAAAAUUUGUAAAAACCACGGAAGUACUGUUUUACUCCCAUCUUGCGUAGCUAGUGUUGAAAAUAACUCACAAUAGGCGAUAAAGCUCCCCGCCUCUGCGGAUAUGAUUUUCGAAAGCCCAAGCAAAUUUAAAUGAGGUAGGACCAUAACGAAUGAUUUGGCCAGCGGAUUAAGAUUAAUAUAUUUACUAGCCUCUUGACGCGGGCGUCCAGGACGCCCGCUGGGCUAGUAGAUUUAAAAAUAAUUUUAAAGGUGGUUAUGUGUUUAGAAGGUUUGGCGUGGGGUCGAGUAGAAUGCGGCUAGAAGGUUGAAAAAUAUAUAUAACGCUGCCUGUCCCGAGGAAGAUCGUUGCCGCGCCUGCGCUUGCCCUAGCGGCCUCGCCGCUUUAACGCCUUUUGCGGUCCGGCGUCCAGGACGCCGGCCCGCCGUCAGCCCUUUAGCCGCACGCGGCAAGCAAAGCGAAGGGGGCCGGUUGCGAAGCUUAUUCUGGGGCGGCUUCGGCGGCCGGCGCAAAGAAAGCCCCCGCCCCUGGAUGGGGAUGAGACUCACGCUUCCGGGGGCUUGUUCGCGCGGUUUUGCCUCGCGCCCCCCCGCCCAUGCCAUGCACCAGAAGCCGAGAGGCAAAAGCGUGCCCGGCCGGAACGAAAGAGGUGGCAAAAGGUGACUGCCUGGAAGCUCUUGGCCAUCACUCUUGCUCGGUUGCCCGACCGGAAAGUGAUGAGCAAAAGUGAUGGCCAUGGAGCACUUGGCAAAUACUUUUGCGCGACCCGACCCGAAAGUGGUGGCCGCGGAGCUCUUGGCCAACACUUUUGCCCGCGCGGGAAGAAAGAAAGUGGCUGAGUGAUGGCCGAAAAUGACGGCCAGGGAGCUCUUGGCCAUCACUUUCGCCCGACCGUGCCGGAAGGCGAUGGCCAAAAGCGAUGGCCCGCGCAGGGAGCUCUUGGCCACCACUUUUGCCCGCCCGGAACGAAAGUGAUGGCCAACGAGCGAAAGUCGAUGGCUGGCCACGGAGCUCUCGGCCAUCAUUUUUGCCCGACCGGAAAUGGAUGAGCAGGGAGCUCAUGGUCAUCAUUUUUGCCCGACCGGAAAGCGAUGGCCGGAAGUGAUGGCCGAGGACUUUCGCAUGCCCGGGCGAAAAGCGGUGGCAGCGGAACUACUGGCCAACACUUUUGCCCGACAGGAAAGGAAGCGCUGGGCAAAAGUAAUGGCCAAGGAAAGAGCCCUUGGCCACCACUUUUGCCCAUCCGGAAAGUGAUGGGCAAAAGUUAAAGCGAUGGCCAAGGAGUUGUCGCCAUUGUUUUUCUUUGCCCGGCCGAAAAGUGAUGGCCAGGGAGCUUCUGGCCAUCACUUUUGCCCGACCGGAAAGCGAUGGCAAAAAGUGGUGGCCGCGGAGUUCUUGGCCACCACCCUUGCCCGACCGGAAAGCGAUAGCCACAAUCGCUUUCGCUCGAGCGAAACAAAAGCGAUGGCCGCGAGGCUCUUGGCCAGCCAUCACCUUUGCCCGGCCGAGAGGCGAUCGAUGGCCACUUUGACGGCCAGGGAGCUCUUGGCCAUCAUGUGUGCCCGGCCGAAAGGCGACGCCCGAGGAGUUCUUCGCCAUCACUUUUGCCAGGCCGGAAAGCGAUGGGUGGCCAGGGAGCUCUUGGCCAUCCCUUUUGCCCGACAGGAAAGCGAUUGCCAGCCAAAAGUGAUCGGUGGCCAGGGAGGUCUUGGCCAUUACUUUGGCCCGAGCGAAAAGUGGCCACUUUUGCCCGAACGGAAAGCGAUGCAUGCCCCAGCAGCUCCUGGCCAUCAUUUUCGCCCGACUCCUGGCCACCACUUUUGCCCGGCCGGAAAGUGAUGGCCAAAAGUUUCACUUUUGCCCGACCGGAGGUGGUGGCCAAGGAGCCCGUCGCCGCCCGUCACUUUUGCCAGCCCAGCCCGGCCGGGCAAGGUACGGAGCUUUUGGCCAUCACUUUUGGCCGCCCGGAAACUGGUGGCAAAAAAUGAUCGCCGCGGAGUUCUUGGCCACCAUUUUUGCCCGCCCCGGCCGGAAAGCGAUGGCCAAAAGUUAUUGCCAAGGAGCCCCGGGCCAUCACUUUUGUCCGUCCCGAAAGUGCUCUUGGCCUCCACUUUGUUUUGCUCGGCGGGCCCACCGGAAAGUGGGGGCCAAGCUCUUGGCCACCACUUUUGCCCGGGCGGCCGGAAAGUGAUGGCCAAAAGUUAGUUUCAACUUUGCUCGACCGGAGGUGAUGGCCAAGGAGCCCUUCGCCGUCACUUUUGCCCCGCCCGGCUGGGCUAGGAGCUUCUGACCAUCGCUUUUGCCCGCCCGGAAAGUGGUGGCCAAACGUGAUCGCUGCGAAGUUCUUGGCCGCAACUUUUGCUCGGCCGGAAAAUGAUGGCCGGGGAGCUCUUGUCCAUCACUUUUGCCCGGGCGAAAAGCGAUGGCCAAAAGUGAUGGCCAAGCAGCUCUCGGCCACCACUUUUGCCCGAUCGGAAAGUGAUGGCCAAGGAGCUUUCGCCCCUCACUUUUGCCCGACCGGAAGCAAAGCGAUGGCCGCCAAAAGUAGUGGCCGAGGAGCUGCUGUUGGGUGGCCAUCACCUUGCUCGCCCGGGCGGAAGGUCAUGGAUGGCCAAGGAACUCCUGGCCGCCAUUUUUGCCGGGGGGGACAGGAAGUAACGUUUGCUCGACCGGAAAGCGAUGGCCAGGGGGCUCCUGGCCCUCACUCUUGCCCGGCCGGAAGAUGAUGGCCAAGCAACCAAGGAGCUCGCAGCCCUCACUUUUGCCCGAAAGAAAAGUGGCGGCCAAGGGGCUCCUGGCCGCGCCGUCACUUUUGGUUGCCCGAAGGGAAAUUGAUGGCCAAGGGGCUCCCUGCCGUUACUUUUGCCCGACCGGAGAGUGAUGUCCAAAAGCGGCGCCCAUCCAAGGAGCUCUUCUUGGCCACCAAUUUUGCCUGAGCGAGCGAAAAUUGAUGGCCAUGGAACUCUUGGCCAGCCAUCACAUUUGCCCGAUCGGGAAGUGAUGGCCCAGGGGAGGCUUUUGGCCAUCGCUUUGGCCCGGCGGGCCGGAAAAUGGUGGCCCAGGAGGAGCGCCUGCCUAUUACUUUUGCUGGACCCGACCGGCAAAGUGAUGGCCAAAAAUGAUGGUCAAGGGGCUCGCGGCCGUCACUUUUGCGCCGCCCGUCCGCGAAGUGAUGGCCAAGGACCCCUGGGCCAUCGCUUUGCCCGGCGACCGGAAACGAUGGCCCACCCAGGAGGCGCUCUUGGCCACCACUUUGGCCCGGCCGGAACGAAAGUGACGGCCAAGGAGCCCGUGCCCCAUGCCCGAGUAAAAAGUGAUGGCCGAGGAGCUUCUGGCCACCACUUUUGCCCGAGCGAAAAGCAAGGGCAAAAAGUGAUGGCCAAGGAGCUCCCGGCCAUCACUUUUGCCCGAGCGAAGGCAAAGGGAUGGCCAGGAAGCUUUUUGCCAUCACUUUUGCCAUGCCGGAAAGUGAUGGCCGAGGAGUUGAUCCCUGUUUUCGGGCGUGAAAACAGGGGCAGUCGAGCUUGUCGACGCUUUCUGUAUCAGAAUCGCACUGAAGUUGAUGCGCGGCUUUGUUCUGCUGCUCGCCAGGGCGUGCAGCAUAACAUUCUGCGCGACGGUAUGGCGUAGAGAUACAGGGGAAGCGUUGAAUCUGUUACGCGAAGCUUCUAGACGAGACCUUCUAAGCACAUUCGUUUAGAAUUAUUUUAGUAGAGGCCUCCUAUAGAUUAUAUUUAUACGGAGGCCCGGACCAGAUUUUGUAUUAUUAUAAUUAUAUAUGGAAGAAAACGGGGCCGGAGAGGUUCCGGUAGAGGGUGGGGAGAGGUGUCGUAGAGGUAAAAUAGAGGUUGGGAGAGGUAAAGUAGAGGGUCGGGAAAAAAUAGAGGGUCGGGGAGAGGUAAAACGAGAGGUAAAGGAGAGGGUAGGGAGAGGGUGGGUAGUAUGUCGGCCCGUAUAGCGGCGCUAUACGCCCGAAGAGGGUAGGUAGAGGGUGGACAGAGGUCAAAUAGAGGGCAGGGGGAGAGGGUCGAGAGGGUCAGAGAGGGUGCGUAGUAUAGGGCGACCCUCUAUGUGACCCUCUACCGCGACCCCCUCCGGGAACCUCUAUUUUACCUCUCGGCGGACCCUCUCGGGACCUCUCCGGGACCCUCUCCGGGACCCUCUCCGAACCUCUCCCGGACCCUCUCCCGGACCCUCUCCCGGACCCUCUCCCGGACCCUCUCGCGGACCCUCUCGCGGACCCUCUCGCGGGCCACCUCCAGGACCACAACCUGCGCACUUGUCUGCGCGCGGCGCCCCCUAAAAAAGCUCGCUAGGGCGCAGCGACCGGCUGGGAUUGUUUUCGCUUUCAGAUCAGAGCGGCCGUUCAAAGUGCGUGCGCCGCUCUGCGUCCCCCAGAGGGGGCGCGGCGCCACGCCUUAACCUGGUCGGCCACCUAGGGUGGCCGCUACUUCUUUCCCACAGCGCCCGCGCGCGCUGGCAGGUGCGCCGCCCUUGUGGCGUCUUGAACGCUGGCGCCCGGAAGUAGUUUCCUGUGCGCAUUUUCCCACGGCGCGCAGCUACUAAGGCCGGGCAUGGUGCCUAUCCAUGCCGGAACAUGGGCCGGGUUCUUUUUAUGUGGUUGUGUAGCGGCGCGCAGCGAUUCAUUGCUGGCGCCACCUUCCCCACCGGAACACCUCCACCGAACAGCCCCCUCCCCGGCGGCCUCCGCCGGGGGGUGGCUGGUCUAUUCUCUAAAGAAAAAAAUGAAGCAGAAGACCUAAAGCCACCUUUUCUACGAUAGGUAUGAACCCGUAUUCAAUGAUGAAGUGAAAAAAAGAUGAGACGAGUUAUGGACGACACAAAACUUUUCGAGCAGAUUGCUUCUUGGUUCUUUGACAUAGUACAUGCUUUCGCCAGCUUCAGUGCUACCGAGUGGGGUCUGUCUCUUGUACGAAAUAUAAAAUUUAAAUUAUCAAAUGCAAAAGCAUCCUACUCGUAUCAAUG